CUUGAAGGUUCAAUUGUGAGCUGCUUCCGCUUCCGACGUUUUCCGCUUCCGGUACGUUUCCGUUUAACGCUUCGCAGACUCGAGGUUUAAAGUCUGUCCCGGAGGCUACUGGAUCUCGAAGUGAGAAGGUAAAGCGCCCUCGGGACUCCUUCCUAACCGCCAACUGGGCCGAGAUCCUUGCUUGUCACAGAUUUGCCGCAGUUCAGUCCCUUCUCGAUCCUCUGUCUUGAUCCAAGCGCAGGCGCAAGCGCAAGCGCAGAACGGCACCUCUCUAGGUUGGGUAGGUUCCAGGCUCCAGCGCAGGCGCAGAGAAGUUCCAAGUCGCGAGACAAAGGCUGACGAGUCCUGACAAAGGCUUGGGAGUCGUCGAGAUGGCAGCGGAGCCGGAGAGUGCGGGGCCGCUGAGCCCAGCGCCCCCAGAGAAUGAAGCGGCUUCGCCGGUGAAACUGGAGGAGCCUGCCGCCAGCAGGGAUUCCUCAAAGGCCCCGGCCUCGCUCCCUGGCCCUGUGGCCCCCGAGGCCUCUCCCCGCGUCCCUGCGGCCUCUCCUCCGGCCUCUCCUCCGGCUCCCGGCCCCGCGGCUCAAGCCACCUCGCCCCCGUCCCCAGUUCCGUUCCCCGCCGUGCUCGAGGCCUCGCCCCUAGCCCCCAGCCCCGCGGGGUCUAGGCCCGGUCCGGAGACGUUCCGUCAGCGUUUCCGGCAGUUCCGCUACCACGAGGCAGCAGGGCCGCGCGAGGCGUUCCACCAGCUCCGAGAACUCUCCCGCCAAUGGCUGCGACCCGAGGUCCGGACCAAGGAGCAGAUCGUAGAGAUGCUGGUGCAGGAGCAGCUCAUGGCCAUCCUGCCCGAGGAACUCCGGGCCCGCCGGCGAGGCCGCCGUAGCGAUGUCCGCAUCACAGGCUGACCAAGGGUGCCUGAGGCCCCCCCACCCCCGGCUGCCGAGCGAGGAGCAGCUGCCGGCCGCGGGGAGGAGAGAAGGAGGCGGCGGUAAUGGUGAUUCCCGGGGCUAAAUAGGUGUUUACGUGCCGAGCUGUUGUCCUAGAAGCUUCCCCCCCCCUCCCCCCCAUCAAGGGGUCCGCGGAGCUACCGUUGUCUUGCCCAUGUCCGCAUCCCACUAAUGAAACCUGAUUUUUGGCAAUCGUGGCCCAUUGUGACUCUUUCCUUCGCCUCUUGGUUUUGUACCCUUGGAGACCCCCAUCCCCAUUUCCAUGCGGCAGAAGGGGUUGGGUGCCUGACUGUUGUGUAAUCUAUUCUUCUGUGGGUGGCCAUUGUAGUGAACUUUGUUCAGUCUCACUAUCUUGUGAAAAUAGACAUCUAUCUAUUCUUCCUUGCUGGAGCAUCCAUCUCGUUCAGAGAACUGAUCAGUGUCUUAUAUGCCUGCCUAUUAGUAUUAUUUUUCAUAAAAGGUCAGAGGAACUGGAAGGGACCCUACAGAUUCCAUCUAGCCUAACCCCCUUUUUUCAUAGUAAAAGAUUUUUGUUGUAGCAAAUUCUUGUAGAGGCACACAGCCUCUUUCAUGUUAUUUUCAGUAGUGCCUUUUACACGCAUUAUAUUUUUUUUUUUAGUAACCAGACUCGGGGAGUUCAAGAAAGUUGGCUUAGGGUACAGAUGACACCAGAAUUGGAGGUUUUUUGUGCAUUGUAAGAGAAUGCUUUUGUAUUGCCAUAAUGGUAAUUUCCAAAUUUAUUCAGUCUGGUUAACAAGGGGCUGACGAGGUUGGCUUACAGUUGAGGUUUAUUUUGUAGCUGACAGGGUUGGUACUAUCUACUGAGCCAAAUGUAAAGGAUUUCCUGUUCAUUACAACUCCAUAGGUGUCAGACCACUUGGUUUUUUAGUUCAGUCCUUCACUCUGCUAUCAACAAUAUGGGAAAAUAUCUGCUGCUUCCAUGAACCCUGGCCAGUGUUGUCUGGAGUGGAAUCCCUAGAGCACACUUUGCCCCAGUACUGGUGGACUUUCCACUGAUCCCCCAGGACUUGGCAACUUUAGUGAACCCAUUGUUUCAGUAACUGGGAUCAGCAGUGGGCCCUCCUGGGACUGUUGUGCCUAGCUGGUGCCUUUUUUCCUAGUUACUCUGGAGUGUGUCUGAAGCAUUCACACAUGGCUCAUUUAGAAUUAAUAGCUACUUUUGUUGAUUUUUGUUUUGGGAAACAUACUAUGACAUUUGGCAUAUGUCAGAGCUGCAAAUAUCUGGAGCUGGAGAAUGUAACCUUAGCCAGUUUGGUGUUUCUGCAGAUAUUCUACUAUUUCCUCACUUCACUGGCAGGCAUCAGGUGUUCCUGGCAUUUUUACCCUUUUAAAAAGCAUUAAAUUAUUAAGCAGAAAA